CUCCAUUGAGACGGCUCCGCCUGAGCACGGCACGGGUGGCGGGGCCGCCGCCGCCGCCGUCGCCGCCGCCGUCGGAGAGAUGAGCAGGGAAGCGUGAGGCGGAGACACCCGCCUUCGGGCCCGUGAGCCCGGCUUCCCCGCUCCGGGGUACUGGAAGAUGAAGGAGACUAUACAAGGGACUGGCUCUUGGGGGCCUGAGCCUCCUGGACCCGGCACCACUUACUCAAGCCCCAGGAGGGAGCGCCUUCGUUGGCCUCCACCCCCUAAACCCCGGCUCAAGUCAGGUGGAGGGUUUGGACCAGACCCUGGGUCAGGGACCACAGUGCCAACCAGACGCCUCCCAGUCCCUCGGCCCUCAUUUGAUGCUUCAGCUAGUGAAGAGGAGGAGGAGGAAGAUGAAGAUGAAGAUGACGAGGAAGUAGCAGUUUGGAGGCUGCCCCCUAGAUGGGGUCAACUGGGAGCCUCCCAGCGGCCUCGCCCUCCCCGCUCCACUCAUCGAAAAAGCUGCUCACAGCGCCGGCGCCGAGCUAUGAGAGCCUUCCAGAUGCUGCUCUACUCAAAAAGCACCUCGCUGACAUUCCACUGGAAGCUUUGGGGGCGCCACCGUGGCCGUCGGCGGAACCUCACACACCCUAAGAACCAUCUCUCGCCCCAGGAAGGGGGUGCAACGCCACAGGUGCCAUCCCCCUGUUGUCGUUUUGACUCACCUCGGGGGCCACCCCCGCCCCGGCUGGGUCUGCUAGGUGCUCUCAUGGCUGAGGAUGGGGUGAGAGGGUCUCCACCUAUGCCCUCUGGGCCCCCCAUGGAGGAAGAUGGACUAAGGUGGACUCCAAAGUCUCCUCUGGACUCUGAAUCCGGCCACCUCUCAUGUACUCUGCCCAAUGGCUUUGGGGGACUACCUGGGCCAGAAGGGGAGCGCAGUCUAGCACCCCCUGACGCCAGCAUACUCAUCAGCAAUGUGUGCAGCAUUGGAGAUCAUGUGGCUCAGGAGCUUUUUCAGGGCUCUGAUUUGGGCACUGCAGAAGAGGCAGAGCGGCCUGGGGAGAAAGCUGGCCAGCACAGCCCCUUGUUGGAGGAGCAUGUGACCUGCGUGCAGAGUAUCUUGGAUGAAUUUCUUCAAACUUAUGGUAGCCUCAUCCCUCUCAGCACUGAUGAGGUAGUAGAGAAGUUGGAGGACAUUUUCCAGCAGGAGUUUUCUACGCCUUCCAGGAAGGGCCUGGUACUGCAGCUGAUCCAGUCAUACCAGCGGAUGCCAGGCAAUGCCAUGGUGAGGGGCUUCCGAGUGUCCUAUAAGCGUCAUGUGCUGACCAUGGAUGAUUUGGGAACUUUGUAUGGACAGAACUGGCUGAAUGACCAGGUGAUGAACAUGUAUGGAGACCUGGUCAUGGACACAGUUCCUGAAAAGGUGCAUUUCUUCAACAGUUUCUUCUAUGACAAACUCCGUACAAAGGGUUAUGAUGGGGUGAAAAGGUGGACCAAAAAUGUGGACAUCUUCAAUAAGGAGCUACUGCUAAUCCCCAUCCACCUGGAGGUGCAUUGGUCCCUCAUCUCUGUUGAUGUGAGGCGACGCACCAUCACCUAUUUUGACUCACAGCGCACUCUAAACCGCCGCUGCCCUAAGCAUAUUGCCAAGUAUCUACAGGCAGAGGCGGUAAAGAAGGACAGACUGGAUUUCCAUCAGGGCUGGAAAGGUUACUUUAAAAUGAAUGUGGCCAGGCAGAAUAAUGAUAGUGACUGUGGUGCCUUUGUGUUACAGUACUGCAAGCACCUGGCCCUGUCUCAGCCAUUCAGCUUCACCCAGCAGGACAUGCCCAAACUUCGUCGGCAGAUCUACAAGGAGCUGUGUCACUGCAAACUCACUGUGUGAGCCUCAUACCCCAGACCCUGAGCCCAUUAAUGGGCAUGGGGAAAAGGGAGACCCUCCCCAAGAAACUGCAGUUCCUUUUUUCUCCCUACCCAGUUCCCUUGGAUUUUUCAUAUUUAAAUGUUUUAAUUGGUUUCUGUAUCUCUUUUUCUUUGAAUGUUGAUUUCUGAUGGGCAAGGAGUGGCCAUGUAAAAGCCCUUUUCUCCCUCUGUGUAGGGGAGUGUUGCCUUGUGGCCUGGGUGGAACAUUCAUUCCUCCUUCUAUGUUCAGGGGGCAGGAAAUCAGUGUAGGGGUGGUGGGCGGGCAAAGGGAUUACUACCUGCCAGAUCUUAAAACGUUUUUUUAUAUAUAUAAAUAUAUAUAAACGCCACGGUCCUGCUCUGGUCAAUAAAGGAUCCUUUGAUGAUA